CCCCCUCGGCGGCUCUGGAAGAGCAUCUGCUCACGAGAAAGGGAGGACGCUAAGCGAGAUGGACCACUUCCGGGCCACAGGAAUAAGCGGGCCGGAGGAAGCAGCGGGUACCUGUGGUGGGGAGGGCGGUGGUGCCGGGGGCCACUUCUCCUCCCCAGCGGCUCUGGCAGUUUCCCCGGCACUCCCACGGCACUGAGUUUCCUAUACUUGUGGCAUAGUGCAAACGCGAGGAGGAACGGACACAGCAUUGGUUAGUUGUGGCCUAAACCUCAUCCCGCGAACAUGGCUAACAAGGGAAACAAAAAACGCCGGCAGUUUUCUUUGGAGGAAAAAAUGAAAGUAGUAGAAGCAGUGGAUUCUGGCAAGCGAAAAGGAGAUGUGGCAAAGGAAUUUGGCAUCACCCCUUCUACAUUGUCCACAUUCUUAAAAGAUCGUGCUAAAUUUGAAGAAAAGGUAAGGGAAGCAUCUGUGGGACCACAACGAAAAAGAAUGCGUAAUGCACUCUAUGAUGACAUUGAUAAGGCUGUGUUUGCUUGGUUUCAGGAAGUUCAUGCAAAAAACAUUCUUGUAAGUGGAUCAGUGAUUCGAAAAAAAGCAUUGAAUUUGGCAAAUAUGCUAGGCUAUGACAAUUUUCAAGCAAGUGUUGGCUGGCUUAAUAGAUUUCGUGAUCGUCAUGGGAUUGCUUUAAAAGCAAUCUGCAGAGAGGAUAAUGAUAAAUUAAUAAAUGGUAUAGGAAUAGAUAAGGUUAAUGAAUGGCAUGCUGGUGAAAUUAUAAAGCUGAUUGCUGACUACAGCCCAGAUGAUAUUUUUAAUGCUGAUGAAACAGGCAUGUUUUUCCAGUUGUUGCCACAACAUACGCUUGCCGCUAAAGGAGAUCACUGCAGAGGAGGUAAGAAGGCCAGACAACGGCUGACUGCACUCUUUUGUUGCAAUGCAUCAGGAACUGAAAAAAUGAGACCCCUGAUUGUUGGGAAAUCAGCUACCCCACGGUGCUUCAAGAAUGUGCAUUCGCUUCCUUGUGACUACCGUGCCAACCAGCGGGCAUGGAUGACUCGAGAUCUAUUUAAUGAGUGGCUAACAAAAGUUGAUGCAAAGAUGAAACAAGCAGAACGCAGAAUUCUUAUGCUGAUCGACAAUUGCUCUGCACAUAACAUGCUUCCUCGUCUAGAGAGAAUUCAAGUUGGUUAUCUUCCAUCAAACUGUACAGCUGUUUUACAGCCUCUGAAUCUUGGUGUCAUUCACAACAUGAAAGUGUUAUACAGGGGUCGACUCUUGAAGCAGAUUCUUCUCAACCUCAACAAUAAUGAGGAAAAAGAAAAGAUCAACAUUAAACAAGCUAUUGACAUGAUCGCUGGAGCAUGGUGGUCUGUUAAACAAUCUACAGUAGUGAAGUGCUGGCAGAAAGCAGGCAUAAUUCCAAUGGAAUUUACUGAUACUGAUCCAGAAGAAGAUGAUGAACCAGAUAUAGCAAUUGAAAAAUUAUGGAAUUCAGUUGCUAUUGCCACAUGUGUUCCAAAUGAGGUCACUUUUCAGGACUUUGUAGCUGCUGACAAUGAUUUACUUAUAUCUCGUGAGUUAACAGAUGUGGAAAUUGUUGAAAGCAUGAUGACUGGUACAAGCCCUGAAGAAGGUGAAAGUGAAAGUGAAGAUGAUGAAGGUGUCUCUUUGCUGGAGCAGCCAAAACUAACCGUUGCAGAAGCUAUCUCAAGUGUAGAAAAACUCAGGCAAUUCCUUUCUACAUGUACAGAUGUUCCUGAUGCAGUCUUUGGACAGCUAAAUGGUAUAGAUGAAUAUUUAAUGACACGUGUAACACAUACUCUUGUGGAAUCCAGAAUUACAGAUUUUCUUCAAUCAAAAUAAAAUGGGAAACUUAAUUCAUCUUUAUGUUGGAGAGUAUAGUUAACAUGACUAAAGAAUGUCCUUUCAGGUUUUGAACUUAUUUCAAGCAAUAUUAUUGCAUUGACAUUCCAAUACUGUGAAAUGAUUUAGACACUUGAAGCUUGCUGUAAUGGGAUUUGGUCUGUGAUGUAUUUUAUUGAUACCUGUAUUAUCUCUUAAUUCAGUGUGGAAAGAUUAACCACUUUAUAGAAUAUCCAUGAGACCUGCAGCUAGCUUCUUCCUAAUGUCUAGCUGGAUCCCAGAAUUUCUUUCCCAGUUUACAAUCCACUUUGCUCUAAAGACAGUAUCUAGUAUUGCCCAACUUUGUUACAUUCCCCCUCAGAGUUUGCUGCAUUUAGGACCAAUUAUCUUUAUAUAGCAUUGCAGUUCUUCCUCUAUUCUGAUGAAUUGUCUGCUGGCACAGCUCUCCUCUAUUUCCAACUUUUCUUAUCCUCUGUAACCAAACCCUUUCCAUCAUAUACCUAGAAAAGAAUUCUUUGAUGAAAGUACUUCCUGUGGGAAUUGCUAAAGCAGUUAACAUGUUUCCUAGCCUUUUAGAGAAGAGCAACUUGGUUUUUAUCACUAAUGGAGAAAUAAGAUAGGGAUUUAGAACAUAUUUUCAUAGAAGAAUAGGCAUAGGAGGUAUUUGAAGUUUGUGAAGAAAUCCCAUAGUAAGAGACUAUAGAGCUCAGAGAGAAUAGAGGAGCAGACCCAUAGAAAUAUUAGUGAGGUGGUUGGUUUGUUUUUUGCUUUUUUUUUAAUCUACUAUAUUUUGACCAGGAUUGGAGGUUAAAAGGAGAUGCUGGUGUGAGAGUGUGCAUAUGAAUGGAAUGAAUAUGUUUGGAUCUACCCUGAUUUGGGACCCCACUCCAUUCACUCCGUACCUGUAGAUGAUUCAGAAUCUGUUCCACAUAAUAAUAUUAACACACUGCAAUGCCCACUCACCAGGGGAGAGACUAAAAUAAUGAAUUGCCCCUGCUUUCUCUGUUAUUGAUCUUUGUGGAAAUGUUAGGCUAGAUUUGACUUAAUUCAAGGUUUUUGUUUGUUUUUUUUAAUUACUAGAAAAAUUUAACUAAGAUUUUUUUCCUACCAAAACCCCCCCAAACAAGAUCCUGUCUCUUUUUAUUCCAAACCUAAUAGUAGUCACAACUCAGAAAAUUGUAGGUUUUUAUUUUUAGGUGCAAAUAAAUCAGAAGGUAACUUUAAGGUGGUGGUGAAUUUUGAUAUUUUUUCAGAUGAAAUUUUUGGAUACUUCAAAGAAUGCUGAGUAUUGGUUUGGUUAUUUUCCAAAGCUGAAACUUGUAAGGGAGGAAGGGUUGGGGUGGGUAUAACUCUCCUGUUAGGUUAGCCAUAGAUAUCAGAGAAUAUUUUUGCCAUGAUGUAUUAGGAGAACCUCCAUCACCAAAAACAACAGACAUGUAUUCUGGAUAUUUUUAUUCAACACAGAUAUAACUAUAUUAAUAAAAUGAAUGCAUAUUUUUGAAUUUUCAACCAGUUUAGGCCAAGAAAACAAAGCUAUGUGCUUCUUCCUUCUUCUAGUCAAGAUGUUGCCAAGUCUUGUCGUUUUUUUCCUCUGAGACGUCUCUAGGUUUCACCACUUGCUUUCUAUUUUCAUACAUACACAAGUUGAAUCAGAACCCUCGGCACCUCAUACCUGCAAUAGCCUAAAUAGUCUUCCUGACUCCAUUUUCUUUCCCCUUCCAAUCCAUCCUGUACACAUGAUAAUGUUCCAAAACACUGUCUACAGCGUGUCAUUUUCCCUGCUCAAAGAGCUACAAUGACUUCUCUUUGCCUACAGAAUAAAAUGCAGAUGUCUCAACCUGACUUCCAAGGCCCUCUAUAGUUUAGCCCACUCUUCCCAAUAUGCCCCAAUUCCAGAUAGGCCAGACUGUUAUUUCCCCUCACCUAUGCCACUUUUAAGCCUGCCUCUGUGCCUUUAUUUAUGCUUGAAGGCUCUACCCCAUCUCUCCAUCUCUGUCCUAUUCAUAUCUUAUUCACCCUGAAAGAAUUAAUUCAGUUCCUUUAUCCUCAAUCUUCCAACAACUUCAAGUCUACCUUGAUCUGUCUGUGAUUGGCUAUUAUGUUUGUCAUUACCAUACAAUUUAGCACUUAACUGUUCUAUGUUCUCUAGUUUUGUCUUCAACUAAAUCUUGUAGUUCCUCAAGGAUGGAGGCCAUGUAUAAUUUUUUUUUGUAUAGCCAGUAGUGCCUAGCACAGUGCUGGGUGUAUAAUAGGCACUUAAUAAAUUGAUUGAUAGACAUAUGAAAUGUGUCCAAACUAAAUUCUUUUUUAACAGUUAAGAUUUGCUAUAAUGGCAAGAAAUUACUUUGAGAUAAUAGCUGGAAAAUGGUGACUUAUUCAGAAAACAUUUCUAAAGUGUUACGUAUUAUAUAAGCUACUACACAUUCAGGGGUUGUAAUCUCUUUCACAAUGAUGGUUACAGGAUCUAACAUAUCAAGGUAAUAUAAUCAGGUAGGUUUGGUCCCCAGAAGCAUUUCUCGGAUAAAUAGAAUUCCUAAAGGUGUCCAAGUCAUUGCAAAAGGGAAGCAGAUAAUAAGGAAUCAAAAGUCAGAUUAUUCAUUCUGUACGAAGAUUGAAGAACCUACUUUAAAAUCAGUGCACAGCUCCUAGGAGGAAGAGGAAUCACAAUUCACUGACUGGACUAAGAACAGUAAAUUGAAGGUGGGGUUGAAUAAAGCUUAUAAUUCAAACUUCUUGAAGUUGUUCACUUAGAGAUUCCCAACCCAAUCCACUUUAACUUGUAUAUCUAGACCCUGUCUCGUGAGCUUCAGUGUCAGGACAAAUCCAUAGGGCAAAUAUAUGACAUUAGAUAAAUCAUCAGAACCGGAUCACAGAUAGUUAAGAAUUUUGAAGGCUAAAACAAGGAAACUGUUGACUAAAGUGUGUAACUUGUCUUUACAAGCAUGCUUUGUGCCAGAGAAUUUGUGAAUUGCAUAAAUGAGGAGUCUUGGUAGCUAGAGGCUAAAGUUAUUUCCCCAUCAGGCAAGGUUGUGAGAUCUAACAAAUGCUAGAUUGACUGAAAAUAAAAACAGUCUUUUAAGGACAUUUUUGCAGAUGGAAAUUUAUAGACACGAUGUAAUUGACUACUGCCAUAAAAUGAAAUGGAAGUAAUUGAGGGAGGGUGUGGAAGGGGUGUGAAUGCUAUUCACAUUCUUGAAGGCAGUUCAUAAUCUGAUCUACCCAAAUUUCCCAAUGCACCUGCAAAAUGUUGAGUACAGUGGAUUGAAAGAACACUUUUGCCAGCUGUCUCUUAGAUUUUGUUGAUCCUGUUUUUUAACCUACCUCUAGCCUUUCAGCUCCACAGUCUAUCCCAAGUACUGAUUUUGGCUUAUUCCUAUUACUGUCGUGGACCCAUCAUGAACAGGGAUUUCCUGGCAGAGCUCUUUCCCCUAUUCCUCAGACCUCAGUCUUCAGCUGGCAUCACAAGCCUGCCUAUGGUAUCCUACACUGGACUAGUCAUUAGGAACUGGAAGGAAACAGUAUAGAAAUCAUGACUGUCUCAUUAAUCCAGAGUAUUUGAGGGGAAUAAAUAAGUAUGUAGAUGAUAGGAAACCAGCAAAACAAAGUUCAUUAGAUUUUUUUUAUAGUAAAUGGAUGUAAUACACUUAGAUUUCCAAAUGUCUCCAAUAUAGUUCUAAUAGCAAAAAAUUAAAAUUUAUUUGAGGGGGGUUAGGGGAAUGGCCAUUUUUGUAGUGAACUGACUUGGAGAUAAGGAAACUUGGCAGAGCUAAAUGUACAUUUCUCCAGGUAGAGAAUUAUAAAAGCAGGAUUCCUGAACACUCCAUAAUCUGGCCUACCCUUAUUUCACAGUGGCACACCCUACCCCUACCAUCCAAGACUGCUGACCUGGAUCUGCAGGAUGGUGCAGAUGUUUGGGGAUAUUAGCAUUUCAUGAAUAUAAUUCCAGAAAGAAAGCUAGAAAUUCAUGCAUAAAAAUAGUGAUAGUGCAAGCAAUUUUCUUUCUUUCCCUUGAACUAGGAAGCAAAGUUUUUAUUUUUGUUUUCUAGUCUCAACUUCAGUAGGCCCUGGACCCUUAAACUAAGUUUCAGUACCCUUGGAAAACAAUAAACACUCUUAACAGCCACCAGGUGGCAUGAGUGGAAAGCAGACGGCCAGGAUCAUUAGUAUCAAAAGCAUUUAUGGGGGACUUAAGGGUUGGGGGUGAUGGGGAAAGAGAUGGACCAGCAUAUGUUAAAAUCAGAGAACACUUCAAAAUGGAUUUUCUUAUUUUUCCUGGCAACUGUUCCAAACCUUUGCCUCUUAAGCCUCCAACUCCUAGCAAUUGUCCUGUUCCCCCACCCCCACUUUACCAUAAAGAUAAGAGUACAACUGUCAAAAUCUCCCUCAACUGUAUACUUCUACAUCUUGAACUUUCUCAGCACCUCUCCUCCAUUUUCUCCUUUGCUUCCUUUUCUGCAAAAAAAAAAAAAUACUGGCCAAUCUCUGUCUGUCAUUACUUGAUUCUUAUUGUCUCUCUCCCUGUUGAACUUACUUGAGGGUGUCACUCCAAGUCUCAGCCCUAAAUCUCUUCUCCCUUUCACUGUUUAACUUGUAGAAAGUUGACUACCUCCACUGCCUCCAGCCACUGUCUGGUUUUUUUCUCAGCUCUACUGAAUCUGCUCUCUCCAAGGUUUCCUAUGAAUUAUUUAUUAUUAUUAUUAUUAUUCCUAUGAAUUCUUAAAUGCCAAAUCUAAUGGUCUUUUCUCAGUCUGUAUCCUUUUUAACUUGUCUGCAGCAAACCCCCUUGAUAAUCUUAUAAUCAAAAUCUCGGAAGGGAGGGCAGAGACAUUUAUUAUGCUUUCUAAUAGCAUUACUGACAGGUGAUCAUUACAAAGAUAAACCUACCCUACCUACCUGAUGGAAUGAAAAUCUUACUGUCCCCUAAAGUAGUCUAUUACUCUUGGCAGGGUUGCUCAUUCUUCUUUCUUAAAUUAAGCCUCAUUCUCUUUUUUUUUUUUUUUUAACAAUUUCCACCCUUUGACUCUAGUUCUGUGCUUUAGGGCCAAAACAAAAUUAAUCUAAUCUCUCUUCCAUAUGACAGCCUUUUACAAAAUACUUGAAGACAGGUAUCAAUCCUGCCCUGCCCCAUCCUCCCCCACCCCCUGGUCUUCUUUUCCUUACCUAAUCGUCAUCAAAAGAGGUUUUUAGUAGAGAUUUCAAUCUUGUGUACAUGUAUACCAGCUGUUACAGAAUGCAAAAUUUAACAUCAUCCACUCUCCAAAUUUAAUCCAUCUCUCUCAGUUUCUCCAUCCCAGAAGACAGAUGAGGUUUUUCUGUCUCAAAGCAUUUUGCUUUAGUUAACACAGAGUUCCUUGAGUAAUGAUAAAAUGCAGUCAAUGUUGUAACUAUUAAUUUGGAGUUUCUGGGGCCAACGUACUUUAUAGUGAAAAGUAGAAUGAUUGAGACCUGAACAUUUGUCUCUCUGAUAUACAUUCUUGGCAUGGUAGAAGCUUCUAGAGAAAAAAAAAAUCAACCUCUCUAAAGGUCUCUUAUCUACCAUCUCUUGAUGAUAGGUUGACUUCUAAGAAGUGAAAUAAUAGAUGUUAAUAUGAGGACUCAGCUUUAUAUAAAUAAUUCAUACUGGAAAAAAAACUGCUUGGUUCCAAGUAUAUUUUUAAAUGAAUUUUCCAAAUAACAACGUGAAGAUUUCAGUAUUCAAAGAAAAAGGACUGUAUGUGAAACUUUGUUUACUUCUAUUACAUAGGUUUUUAAAAAAUGUUUUAAAGUCAAUACAGUAUAGUAACGAAACUGCACUGCUUGUCUGUAUCUUUUUCUGACCUACCUCCUCUCUUUCCAAGUGCAUUUCACAACUUUGAGAAAGUAUUCCCAAAAGGGAAUGUUUUGCUGAAUUUAGUUUUUAACAUUUUUUAGUCAUAUGUGUAUGUGAAAAUUGCUUUAAAUUAGAGAUAAAAUUUGUUAUCUCUAUAUCUUUACAAGCAAAAGCCAAGAAACAGCAGACUACAUUAAAUCAUCUUUCUACUAUGGAAGGCUUUCUAUCUAAAACUUUAUUGCUAGUAAAAGAAAUUUCACUGCCUUUAUAGAAGAAAAAAAAGGAGAAAAAUCAUUGAAACAUACUUAUUAGCUACAGAACAUGAUCUGAUUUGCCUUGAACUUCUUUUGUUAUGUUUUGGUUUUUUGCAGGGCAAUGAGGGGUAAGUGACUUGCCCAGGGUCACACAGCUAUGAAGUGUGUCAAGUCCUCCUGAAUCCAGGGCCAGCACUUUAUCCACUGUGCCACCUAGCUGCCCCCAUUGCCUUGAACUUCUAACAAAGGAGUUUCAUUCAUUAUAUUCGGAAAGUUUCUUGUUAUAAAGCACUUUGACCUUUACAGUCACCUUUCUGAAAGCUAGUGUCUAUGUGGCGUUGUUACAGUCCAUUUCACCCCUGCAUUAGACUUCCACCUGCCCAGAUCCUGGGCAUAGUGUUAAUGUCAAGCCCUAAUUUAGGCUUGCAUAUAAGAUCUCUGUGUAAAAGUGUUAAAUAUUUUUUGCAUUGCUCCAGAGUUUUCGAAUAUAAUGUUUUACUUUUCAUUUUAUGCAACUAUUAAAUGUUCACUUUUUCCUUAAUGAUUUGUAACAGAAGUUGUCAACAAAAGAAAUAACGUCUGUAAAUAGGUCUUAUCAAUUUUUAUCACCUCAUUAAAAUAAACAUUUUCCUUCCCUCCCCCUCCCCCCAAAUCCCUCUGAGUGUUAGCUCUGCUUUUUUGAUACACAUCAUGGAAACAUACUGGCACACUGGCUGGGACUUUGUGAUGUUGAUCCAUGAAAUGUUGCAACAUGUAAUUUCACAUAGAAAAUUGUUCUUGUCCAUUAAAAAACAGAAAAGAUGUUAUCAUAGCAACCUAAGAUUUUCCUAAGCAGUGAUUUUUUU